GCGCCGAGCUGAUAAAGGCGCCAUUUUGGAGGGGCCGCGGGAGACGUGGUGUCGCUGCGGGCUCGCUCUGCCGUGCGCUAGGCUUGGUGGGAAGGCCUGUUCUCGAGUCCGCGCUUUUCGUCGCCGCCAUGUCGGGAGGUGGUGUGAUUCGUGGCCCGGCAGGGAACAACGAUUGCCGCAUUUACGUGGGUAACUUACCUCCAGACAUCCGAACCAAGGACAUUGAGGACGUGUUCUACAAAUACGGUGCUAUCCGCGACAUCGAUCUCAAGAAUCGCCGCGGAGGACCGCCCUUCGCCUUCGUUGAGUUCGAGGACCCUCGAGACGCGGAAGACGCGGUGUAUGGUCGCGACGGCUAUGAUUACGAUGGAUACCGUCUGCGGGUGGAGUUUCCUCGAAGCGGCCGUGGUACAGGCCGAGGCGGCGGCGGGGGUGGAGGUGGCGGGGCUCCCCGAGGCCGCUAUGGUCCCCCAUCCAGGCGUUCUGAAAACAGAGUGGUUGUCUCCGGACUGCCUCCAAGUGGAAGCUGGCAGGAUUUAAAGGAUCACAUGCGUGAAGCAGGUGAUGUAUGUUAUGCUGAUGUUUACCGAGAUGGCACUGGUGUCGUGGAGUUUGUACGGAAAGAAGAUAUGACCUAUGCAGUUCGAAAACUGGAUAACACUAAGUUUAGAUCUCAUGAGGGAGAAACUGCCUACAUCCGGGUUAAAGUUGAUGGGCCCAGAAGUCCAAGUUAUGGAAGAUCCCGAUCUCGAAGCCGUAGUCGUAGCAGAAGCCGUAGCAGAAGCAACAGCAGGAGUCGCAGUUACUCCCCAAGGAGAAGCAGAGGAUCACCACGCUAUUCUCCCCGUCAUAGCAGAUCUCGCUCUCGUACAUAAGAUGAUUGGUGACACUUUUUGUAGAACCCAUGUUGUAUACAGUUUUCCUUUACUCAGUACAAUCUUUUCAUUUUUUAAUUCAAACUGUUUUGUUCAGAAUGGGCUAAAGUGUUGAAUUGCAUUCUUGUGUAAUAUCCCCCUGCUCCUAACAUCUACAUUCCCCUCAUGUCUGAUAAAUUGUAUUUUAAGUGAUGUCAUAGACAGGAUUGUUUAAAUUUAGUUAACUCUCCAUGCUCUUCAGACUGUGAUAUCGUGUAAAUGUCUAUUCUGCUCUGGUUUGUGUGAACUGGGAUGUUGGGGGUGUUUGUGGUUAUCUUACCUGGGGAAGUUCUUAUGUUUAUCUUGCUUUUCAUGUGUCUUUCUGUAGACAUAUCUGAAGAGAUGGAUUAAGAAUGCUUUGGAUUAAGGAUUGUGGAGCACAUUUCAAUCAUUUUAGGAUUGUCAAAGGAGGAUUGAGGAGGAUCAGAUCAAUAAUGGAGGCAAUGGUAUGACUCCAAGUGCUAUUGUCACAGAUGAAAUUGGCAGUAUUGACCUUAUACUAAAAGACAAGGGUUAAAAGUGAUUAUAUAUAUAUAUAUAUAUAUAUACAAGUCUACUUUAAAACACUUGCAAACAUCUUAAUGCAGUUAUCUUUAGCUACAAUUGCUUUGCUCUUUAAACCUUGGCAAUUGUGGCAAAAUUACAUUGCCCAUUUUGUAACAAUUUAUUUGCUCCCUUCCCCCCUUUUUUGUUUUAAUAGGGACUAAUGUGGGAAGAACUGGCUAAUUUGUCACAGUGCUUAGUUACAACUGUUAAUGUGUGACCUGCUGUUGGUGUACAUGUGGGUACAGGGUGUCUUUAAUUCCAACCAGAUAGAGUAUAAUAUCAAUACUGCUAAAUCUGCAUGUCCUCUGUGUGACUGAUAUAGCGUUGCUAUUUCAUUUUUUUAAGACAAAAUGAAAGCAAAAUAGAGAAUUCCAAUGUAUUGGUGUAGAUAAUCUAGUUGGGAAUACUUUUAAGUCUCACCUUUCCCUUUAAACUAAUAUUCAUAAUUGACUCAUGUUUAAAACUUUAAUUUACAAAUUAAAUUGCAGAUGGGAGCAUUAGGUUUAGUGUAGACUUAGGGUGGGUAGCAGUACCAGUAAAUUCAACUACAUAACUUUUUGCAACCACAAAACCUGUAAUACGCUGUACAGUAACAAGUGUUGGCAUUAUCAGUUGAACUGUAAAUAUAAAAUGCUUCUUCCAAUUAGUCUCUAUGAUGAUUAAGUUUCUAAAAUUUAUCUGAUCACCAUUCAGAAACUUGUUUUGGGGAAUUUGAUAGUUAUUGAUGUACAUCUGUUAAACUGAUGACAGACAUAACUCAUCAUUCCCCAGAAACCUUUUUUGAUUACAGUAUCUAACAUUUUGCCUCCUCUUUUUUGGUUUUGCUGGUUAUAAAGGUUUGGAUUGGAGAGGGCUCACUGGAUCCCAAUCCUUGGAGCUGGAUCAUUGGAUUCAAAUCAUAAUGUGGAUAGGAUAGGGAGGAUGAAUUACAAGGAUAUGGAGCGGGAUCAGAUUACCAGGAACAUAGGAGUGGAUUCCUGCCCCAACCAAACCGCAUUCGUGUGGAUUUUUUUUUUUUUAUUCAACUUAAUUGGCUAUUCCAAAGAUGUUUUUUUUUCCUAUUUUUGACGAUUGGAGCCCUUAAGAUGCACGAUGGAAUUGUGUUUUGCAUUUUUUGGUAAAAGGAGCAAAGCGAGGACCUGGAGAUAAUACGCUGGAGCAAUCUCCUUGGAAGGAUUCAGCACGAGUAGAUGGUAAACAUUUAAAGGGGAAAAGGGGGGGUUUGUUUAAAAUAGUAAAUCAGUAAGUCACUUCUAAAUUUAAAGAACAAAAUUGGAGUUGAAGAAUAAGUAGGUUUCCAAUUGGCUAUUGCCGUUUUUCUUUGAAAAAAAUAAACAUUUUUUAAAAAAACUA